GUUUCAUUUUAUUUUCAACAACUCUGACCCUCUUCACAAAUUCCCAUUAAUUUUCCCCUCCCAUUUCGCCUGUUCAACCCCUGAUUUUAAGAAGUUAAAAGUAUUUAAUCCCGUUAUUUGUUUAUAUCAACUCUCGUGCUGAAAAAAUAAAAUUCGCCGAUCGUUGUUCCCUUUUCCUUGUUUUCGAAGGAAAGGGAGUCUACGAAGUGCGAUCAUUUUUUCGGCGGAAGUUGAUUACUUGGGAUUAAUUAAAUUAUGGAUAACUAUUAUUAUCAUCAGCUUGCAUCAUGUCCUUCUUACAGGGAUUCACUGAAUGUUCUUGAGGUUGAUAUACAGUUUGCUAAUAUGCUGGCAAAUUCUAUUCCAAGGGAUAAAAGUGGCGCGUGUCUUCAAAUGGAGCUGGGUUACAGUGACAUGGCAUACAUUUUAUCAUUUCUACUCCAAUGGAUCGAUUUCCCAUGUUCAUGUUUCCUUCAAACAUGUCUAAAUUUCUGUUACGUGGUUGUACACAAGGUUUUGCCAGAUGGGAAACCAAAACUUACUUCACUUGGGAGAAAGGCAACCAUUAGAGAGUUCUACGAUGUGAUAUUGCCAUCCCUCAAACGUCUACGAACAAACCCAUUGGAGAUCGAAGACACUGAAGAGAAUAUUCAACCUUUUGGGACAAAUCCCAGAAAGAAAAUAGAAAAAAAUACAAAAAAUACAGAUGUUGAUAUGGAAAGAGAAGACGAAUGUGGUAUAUGCUUAGAGCCCUGCACCAAAAUGGUUUUGCCCAACUGUUGUCAUGCAAUGUGCAUCAAUUGCUACCAUGACUGGAACAUGAGGUCAGUAUCAUGCCCCUUUUGUCGUGGUAGCUUGAAGAGAGUGAACUCAGAGGACUUGUGGGUUCUCCCAUGUACAGGAGAUGUGGUUGACCUAAAAACUGUGUCAAAGGAGGACAAAAAAAGAUUCUAUAAUUACAUUAAUAAGCUGCCUAAAGAUAUCCCAGAUGCUGUAUUCUUGGCGAUUUCUGCAAAAUGAUGUACAUUCUUAGUGUAGAACUUAACCAUCGUUUCCAAUAGAGAUUGUGUUCUCUGAAGCUCCCAGUAUGUUUUUACUCUUAGCUGCAGGAAUUUGUCUUCUUUUGACUUUUGAAAGUCAAUCCUAGCACUUUUUAAAUCCAAAUUAGCCAUGAAAACUGUACAUUUGCAUCCACAAUUUUUCUUCACUCUGGUUCUUGUUCUAUUCUAUAAAACAUUCAAAUUUCAUCAUGGG